GACCAUCACCGGCGAUCCGCCGAGAAGCGGAGCGGGACGGAGGGAGAAGGACAGAGAGGAAAAGAUAGAGAGAAACACAGAGAGAGAGAGUGAGCGGUCACGGGUCCCCCGCUAUGGCCUCCGCAUCAGGGAGACACUGAGUGACACGUCGGAGGAACCGUUCCCAUCUGAGAAACUCGCUCCAUUGUGAAACAAGCCGAAGCAGCGUCGAGGGGUGCGGCCUCCCUCCUCCCUUUCUGUCCCUCCCUCCCUCCGUCCGUCUGUCUCUCUCUCCGCUCAGCAGCAGCAGCAGCAGAUCCCAGCCCGACUCCCCCGGCCCGGAGACUCGGGGAGAAGAUGGCGGACCCGGCGGAGUGCACCAUCAAAGUGAUGUGCCGAUUUAGGCCACUAAACGGCUCGGAGCAUCUGAGGGGUGAUAAAUAUAUCCCCAAAUUUCAAGGAGACGACAGUGUAGUUAUCGGGGGGAAGCCGUAUGUUUUUGACCGCGUUUUCCAGUCCAAUACAACACAGGAGCAAGUGUAUAAUGCCUGUGCUCAAAAGAUAGUUAAAGAUGUGCUUGAGGGGUAUAAUGGUACAAUAUUUGCCUACGGGCAGACCUCUUCUGGAAAAACACAUACUAUGGAGGGUAAUCUACAUGAUUCAGAUGGAAUGGGAAUCAUUCCACGAAUUGUACAGGACAUAUUUAACUACAUUUACUCUAUGGAUGAAAACUUGGAGUUCCAUAUCAAGGUUUCAUAUUUUGAGAUUUAUCUGGAUAAAAUCAGAGACUUGCUGGAUGUGUCCAAGACUAACCUGUCUGUGCAUGAAGACAAGAACAGGGUCCCAUAUGUCAAGGGUUGCACUGAGCGCUUUGUUUGUAGCCCUGAGGAGGUAAUGGACACUAUUGAUGAGGGCAAAUCCAACAGACAUGUGGCUGUUACAAACAUGAAUGAGCACAGCUCCAGGAGUCAUAGUAUCUUCCUGAUUAACGUGAAGCAGGAGAACACGCAAACGGAGCAGAAACUGAGUGGGAAGCUCUAUCUAGUUGACCUGGCUGGUAGUGAAAAGGUCAGUAAGACUGGAGCUGAAGGAGCUGUGUUGGAUGAAGCCAAAAACAUUAACAAGUCCCUCUCUGCACUGGGCAACGUCAUCUCUGCAUUGGCUGAAGGAACGACGUAUGUUCCAUACAGAGACAGCAAGAUGACUAGGAUCCUUCAGGACUCUCUGGGUGGAAACUGCAGAACCACCAUCGUCAUCUGCUGCUCCCCCUCCUCUUUCAAUGAGGCUGAGACCAAAUCUACGCUCAUGUUUGGACAGAGGGCAAAGACCAUCAAGAACACAGUGUGUGUGAAUGUGGAGUUGACAGCAGAACAGUGGAAGAAGAAAUAUGAGAAGGAGAAAGAGAAGAACAAGACGCUCCGAAACACAAUCACUUGGCUGGAGAAUGAACUCAAUCGUUGGAGGAAUGGUGAGACUGUGCCAACUGAAGAGCAGUAUGAUAAGGAGAAGGUGAAUGCUGAGGUAUUGGCCCUGGAUAACACGGUGAAUAACGAUAAGAUGGCCUCCACUCCCAACAUCCCUGGAAUGCGUCUGACCGACACUGAGAGAGACAAGUGCGAGGCCGAGCUAGCCAAACUCUACAAACAGCUGGAUGACAAAGAUGACGAGAUAAAUCAGCAGUCUCAGCUGGCUGAGAAACUCAAGCAGCAGAUGCUGGACCAGGAAGAGCUCUUGGCCUCGUCACGGAGGGACCACGACAACCUGCAGGCAGAGCUGACACGUCUGCAGAUGGAGAAUGAAGCGUCUAAGGAGGAGGUGAAAGAAGUGCUGCAGGCACUGGAGGAGCUUGCUGUCAACUAUGACCAGAAGAGUCAGGAAGUGGAAGACAAGACAAAGGACUUUGAGUCCCUCAGUGAUGAACUCAGUCAGAAAUCGAGCAUUCUGGCUUCUUUAGAUUCUGAGCUGCAGAAGCUGAAGGAAAUGACCAAUCACCAAAAGAAGAGGGUGACUGAGAUGAUGUCAUCACUGCUAAAGGACUUGGCAGAGAUUGGUAUUGCUGUGGGUAGCAAUGACAUCAAGCAGCAUGAAGGCAGUGGACUGAUUGAUGAGGAGUUCACUGUGGCUAGGCUCUACAUCAGUAAGAUGAAGUCAGAGGUCAAGACCUUGGUGAAGCGCAGUAAGCAGUUGGAGAUGGCUCAGGCUGAUAGUAACAAAAAGAUGGACGAGAAUGAGAAGGAGCUGGCUGCUUGCCAGUUACGCAUCUCUCAGCAUGAGGCUAAGAUUAAGUCCCUAACGGAGUACCUUCAGAACGUAGAACAGAAGAAGAGGCAGCUGGAGGAAAAUGUAGACUCACUCAAUGAAGAGCUGGUCAAAAUCAGUGCUCAGGAGAAAGUUCAUGCUAUGGAGAAAGAGAAUGAGAUUCAGACAGCCAAUGAGGUCAAGGCAGCAGUGGAGCAGCAGAUCCAGAAUCACAGGGAGGCUCAUCAGAAACAGCUCAGCAGCCUGAGAGAUGAACUGGAGACCAAGGAGAAACUCAUCACUGAAUUACAGGAUUUGAAUCAGAAGAUCAUGUUGGAGCAGGAGCGUCUCAGGGUGGAACAUGAGAAGCUAAAAGCUACGGACCAGGACAAGAGCCGGAAGCUUCAUGAGCUCACGGUUAUGCAGGACAGAAGGGAACAGGCCAGACAAGAUCUCAAAGGUCUGGAGGAAACAGUGGCUAAGGAGCUGCAGACUCUCCAUAACCUGCGGAAACUGUUUGUGCAAGACCUGGCAACCCGAGUCAAGAAGAGUGCUGAGAUGGACUCGGAUGACACUGGAGGCAGCGCAGCUCAGAAACAGAAGAUCUCUUUCCUAGAGAACAACCUAGAACAGCUCACUAAAGUCCACAAACAGCUUGUGCGUGAUAACGCAGAUCUACGCUGCGAGCUGCCUAAGCUGGAGAAGCGUCUGCGUGCGACAGCUGAACGUGUGAAGGCCCUGGAGUCAGCCCUGAAAGAGGCCAAAGAGAACGCAGCACGUGACCGUAAACGCUACCAGCAAGAGGUGGACCGCAUCAAAGAGGCCGUUAGAGCCAAGAACAUGGCCCGCAGAGGACACUCCGCACAGAUCGCCAAACCAAUCAGACCAGGCCAGCCCCCAGUUGCUUCCCCCACCCACCCAAACAUUAACCGCUCUGGAGCGGGACUCUUCCAGAACAACCAGACAGUGGGCAUCCGUGGAGGAGGAGCCAAGCAGUGAAAGAAGAAAGUUUUGAAGUCUGUUAAGUUCUCUAAAUGAAGUUGAUAACAUCCAGAAGACUUGAACUGCCCCACCAACACUGGACAGUUCAGCAGACCUACCACCUACAAUUAUAUAUAUUUGAAUAUAAGUAUAUAAAUAUAUAUAUGUAUGUAUGUAUGGAAAUAUCCCUACCUGGGCUGUACAGUUGUCCUCGCCACUCAUAUAGUUAGUGAACCAUCUCACCUUUUAAACACAAAAAGCACUAAUAAGACAAAAAAAAACAGAGUGCAGUCUUGCUAUGCAAGUAGCAUGUAGCUUCACUCUUAAACGCAGUAGGUUUCUAUUCGUGUCCUACCAUUUUAGUCCCUCACUGUGCCAAGUUGAAUGUAUCUUCAACAUUUACAAAAGGAAUAAAAAAAAUAGGCAGAAAUGAAUGAAAAAAUAAAAAAUAAACUAAAGAUAAAUCCUAGUUAAUGCAUCCUCCUAGCCUUAUUUAUCUAUGCUAUCCACCAUUUGUUUUUGAUUGUUUUGGAGAGAGUGGUCUUGUUCUCUCUUGCUUCCACUGAAUAGUUUCCAUUAAACCAAAUCACUUGAAUGGAUAUGUUAAACACUACAGUCUAACUGUAAAUAAACAGAGAACUUGUUUUUGUUUAUUGGAAUAAGUUAUUAAGCAUUGGGGCUUUCGUAUGGUAGAAAGUGUUGUUACAAACAAUUAUGGACAAAAAGGAAUGAAGAAAGUAGAAACAAAAGUGAACGUUGUAAAAGGACACAAAGCUGCUCAUUGUAGACACUCCACAGGUAUAUUUUAAAGCACUGUACAAAAGCAUAAUGGUUAAUGUGCAUCAUUACUGAUAGUGAUAUCAGCAUAGAGAAAUGUAUGUAAACGCUCAGUCUUUGUGUUAAUGGAACGUCACCUGUUCAAAUAUAGAUUUUGCUGUUUUUGUAGAUGAUGAAAGGCUGAGGUUCUCAAUAUUGCUGCUCCCUUCCCAGCUGAAGUGCAUGUCAUUUAAUCGGUCACUACUCAUGAACUGAUCACUAAUGAUUUGGUGUACUGCCCUAUAUGCUUCCAGUAGUUUGACCGGAUGGUUUUAAUAUAAUGUAGGUCAAUUAAAAAUGCAUUUCAACUGUAAUUGAAUUGAAAAUGGCGUACCUCCUGAUGCAUUUUUAAUGGAAUUCCCCAAUGAGGAAGCAGUGUUGGGGCGUUUUAUGUCCAGUUGUAGUAGCCAGGCUCUCUGCAUGUCAUAGUUUAGUUCAUCAAUUCAGAGAUUCAUGAUGUUUUUGGUUUUAGCUUAACUGUUCCGUAUUAUGGUGUGGCUGUAGAAACUAUACAUAGAACCUUCGUUAGGCUAAGCUCUAGUCCAGCUGAUGGGCCAUGUUUAAAAGCUACAUGAUGUUGGGACAUUGAACAUUUUUUAAAAUUCUUCGUCGUGGAUUAUGGCCAGUUAAUAUAUGGUGACAGACCCAUAUAAUCAGCAUUUCUCCUCAUGGGCAUUGGGCAUGCUUUAUUAAAAUCAUUAGCCACAAAAUGUUUGCAGGUACAAAACAAGUGUUUAAGCAGUGAUAACUCCAGUCAUUCACUGUGAUACUAAAAUUGUGUGUGCAAACAGUUUUGACAUGUAUAUGUAUAGUGUUUACGCUGGCUUAUGAGUGUUUAUGAAGUCAGUCUGAGUUUGAUUGAAUGUUAAAUAUAGCAGUUGUGCUUGGUUCACACCUAAAAAAAAUAAAUAAAUAAAUAAAAAAUCAAAGGCAAUUAAUAAAUACACACUGCUGUUGCCUUUGUGGUUGCACUUCGCUGGAUAGAUGUGACCAUUGGGAUUUCAUCUUUCUGAUUUUGUCUGUUUCUGAGACUCAGACUGUCAUUGCUGCCUUUUGUCAGGCAAGGGCCUAGCUGAAUUUAGGGAGGGGUCUAUUUAAUAGUUCUUUGCCAUGUUUUCAUUAUAUUGUGUUUGCAGGUGGAUGUUUUUAUUUAUUUAUGUUUUAAUAUAGACAUGGGAAUUUUAUUUCUUGUUGAUAUUUUCUACAUCUUGUGUGUUUUUGUUUAGUUUUUUUUUUUUUUUGGGCCUCCUUUACCACUACCAUUGAUUUCCGUUUUGGUGAAAUUUUCACCUGUUAGUUGUCCUGUGUAAAUUUCAGCAGUUGUAGCUUGUGAUGGCUUAAUACCUUUGAAAAAAAAGUAAUAACCUUAUGCGUGCAAUAUUGAUCAGGCAUAAUGCAGGUUACACAAUACUGAAGUGAAUCAAUGGGUAAACUAAGUCAACAAACAAAAAAACUUGACUGGCCUUUUAAACUACUUUGUUUGGUUUUUGUAUGUAUUUUAAAAGCACUUUAAAUGUUCCAUCUCAGUCGAACACCACAGAUUAUGAUCUCAAUACAAGUAUCUCGCAUGUCAAAUUGACUAAAUGAAUUCUUCCUUAUUGAAUUGUUAUUUUGAAUAGAUUCACCUGCAGAAGCCAUUCAUUUUGAAAACUGUUGGUGUCUGUUUUGGAUGUGAUGGGGACAGAUUUUCGGUUUAAAUGACAGUUACGGUAUGUAUUAGAAUGGUGAGGGAACUUGGUGUGUAUACAGUCAGCUCUCUAAUGUAUGCGUAAUUAUAGACUGGACUGAAAUGCUGUGUAUAUUUCUUCCAAAUGCUUACUGUAGGCCAAGUUUUCACCCCUUGACAUGAAACGCAAAUAAAAUUUAAUGGUAUAAAACA